CGGAGCCCCCUGCAGGGGAGGCGGCGAGCGGCUGGCGGGACGCGGCGGAGGGCGCGGACCAUGCAGUCCCGGCCGGGCCAGUGCCGGCAGCUCGCUGUGCAGUGAGGUGGCGGGAUCCCCUCUGGCCUCCGCACCCCUCCUCCUUCAAGCCCAAGUACUGCUCGGCGCCCUUACCCUUCGUCCGGGCCCCGGGACACCGGUGGAAGGCACGGCCUGUCCUUGCCCUGCUCUGCUCGAAUCAUGCCGGGGGCCCCGAAAGAAGAGAAGGCAACUGACCGGCCCGCGCCAACCGUGGUCGAGGGGCUCCCUGCUCUCUGAAACGUCCCCCACCUGCUGCCAUGUGUCGCCGCCACAGGUACCUAGCUUGUCGUUAAACUUUUCCAGCUCUGGCCGGAUUCGGAGUCGCGGGACGAAGGAGCCCGGCUGGCUGCAGACGUCUGCCGCCCAGCAGGAUUCUUGGAGUUGUGUCCUUGGAAUCGGAGCCCUAAUAGUCUCUCCAGCGCUAUCUGGCGUGGAGCGCUGCCGGCGGAGGCAGCGCCUUCCCGAAGCAGAAUCUCUUUGCACGGAUUUCUUUAAGAGAAAAAGAAACCAACAGGUUGCCAGCCCGGGCGUCACACUCAAGAUCCCGGAGAGGGAAGCCCCGGCCGCGGAUUCGUCGGUCAGCGCCGACCCUCACGGGCACCGGGAGGCAAGGGGAAGAAGGGGGCGAUGGCCCGGUCCGACCCGUCCGCGCCGUCCGCGUCGUCUUCGUUGCUCCUGCUGCUGCUAGCGCAGCUUGUGGGCCGGGCAGCGGCCGCCUCCAAGGCCCCAGUGUGCCAGGAAAUCACGGUGCCCAUGUGCCGCGGCAUCGGCUACAACCUGACGCACAUGCCCAACCAGUUCAACCACGACACGCAGGACGAGGCAGGCCUGGAGGUGCACCAAUUCUGGCCGCUGGUGGAGAUCCACUGCUCGCCGGACCUGCGCUUCUUCCUGUGCUCCAUGUACACACCCAUCUGCUUGCCCGACUACCACAAGCCGCUGCCACCGUGCCGCUCCGUGUGCGAGCGUGCCAAGGCCGGUUGCUCGCCGCUCAUGCGCCAGUACGGCUUCGCUUGGCCGGAGCGCAUGAGUUGCGACCGUCUCCCAGUGCUGGGCGGCGACGCCGAGGUUCUGUGCAUGGAUUAUAACCGAAGCGAGGCCACCACCACGUCCCCUAAGUCCUUCCCAGCCAAGCCCACCCUCCCAGGCCCACCAGGAGCGCCAUCUUCCGGGGGUGAGUGCCCCUCGGGAGGUCCAUCUGUGUGCACUUGCCGUGAGCCCUUCGUGCCCAUCCUGAAGGAGUCACACCCUCUCUACAACAAGGUGCGUACCGGCCAGGUGCCCAACUGUGCAGUGCCCUGCUACCAGCCGUCAUUCAGCCCCGAUGAGCGCACGUUCGCCACCUUCUGGAUUGGCCUGUGGUCUGUGCUGUGCUUUAUCUCCACAUCCACCACCGUUGCCACCUUCCUCAUCGACAUGGAACGAUUCCGCUACCCUGAGCGCCCCAUCAUCUUCUUAUCUGCGUGCUACCUGUGUGUGUCGCUGGGGUUCCUGGUGCGCCUGGUCGUGGGCCAUGCUAGCGUCGCCUGCAGCCGCGAGCACAGCCACAUCCACUAUGAGACUACUGGCCCUGCACUGUGCACGGUCGUCUUCCUCCUAGUCUACUUCUUUGGCAUGGCCAGCUCCAUCUGGUGGGUCAUCCUGUCGCUCACCUGGUUCUUGGCUGCUGGCAUGAAGUGGGGCAACGAAGCCAUCGCAGGCUAUGCCCAGUAUUUCCAUCUUGCUGCCUGGCUCAUCCCCAGUGUCAAGUCCAUUACAGCGUUGGCACUAAGCUCCGUGGACGGGGACCCGGUGGCCGGCAUCUGCUAUGUGGGCAACCAAAACCUGAACUCGCUGCGUGGCUUCGUUUUGGGCCCACUGGUGCUCUACCUGCUGGUGGGCACGCUCUUCCUUCUGGCGGGCUUCGUGUCUCUCUUCCGCAUUCGGAGUGUCAUCAAGCAGGGUGGCACUAAGACAGACAAGCUGGAGAAGCUCAUGAUCCGCAUUGGCAUCUUCACUUUGCUCUACACGGUGCCAGCCAGCAUUGUGGUGGCCUGCUACCUGUAUGAGCAGCACUACCGGGAAAGCUGGGAGGCUGCCCUCACCUGCACGUGUCCAGGACCCGACUCUGGCCAGCCGCGCGCCAAACCCGAGUACUGGGUGCUCAUGCUCAAAUACUUCAUGUGCCUGGUGGUGGGCAUCACAUCGGGAGUCUGGAUCUGGUCCGGCAAGACCCUGGAGUCUUGGCGGCGUUUCACCAGCCGCUGCUGCUGCAGCUCAGGGCGGGGCCACAAGAGUGGCGGCGCUGUGGCCGCAGGGGACUAUGCGGAGGCCAGCGCCGCGCUCACCGGCAGGACCGGGCCGCCCGGCCCCGCCGCUGCCGCAUACCACAAGCAAGUGUCCCUGUCGCACGUCUAGGAGGCCUGUAGGCCCAGGGACAGUGCUAGAGUUGAAGGAGGGGCUUGUUUUGCUUGGUAACUUUGUGAAGGUCACUUCCGUUUACCUUCUUGGUGCUGGUACCCCCUUCGUGAGGGGCUUGGAGAGGGCAAGGGAUCGGUUUCUAGAGAGUACCUGUCUCCAGUCUUCUACCAGGGGGCUCAGCUCACGUGCAGUGUAUUCUAGUUUGUAUUUCUUAUUGCCUUCUUUAGAAGAAUCCAGUUUUUAAUUUAUAUGUAUUUUAAUUUUUAACUUUGUUGCAUUUUGGCAACAAAAUUAACCUUUGCUUUGAGGACAUCACAGUCCUCAAGCGGGCAUUGUAAUGAGGUUACCCUUAGUUCAGGUUUCUUUGGACUGUGUGGUCUAAAUUAGGAAAAUAUAUUUCCUAUACGUGUGUCUUUUUUAUGUAUAGUGAAAGGCUGCUGUGACUGGGAAGGUGUGGAGUGCCUUUUUUUUUUUAAGCUAGUUUUUUCCUUACACUGCUUAGAAUGUCCAGGACACUUAGAGGCCAGAGGCCCUCUGCUCUCCUCCCCCGAAAUGGAUCAUAAUGUGUUUAGGACCAUCCCCAAGUGACAAGGGAGCUGGAGAUUUUGUGAUCCUCCUUAACCUUGCUCAGCAAGCAUUGGACUCUUUCCCACCUGGCUGCAGCCUUUCUCAUUCCUGCUGGAGCCAGUGUCCUUCCUGUCUUGAGUAUGUUAGAGGUGGUGUUCUAGAGCUGGACACACAGACAUUGCCAUAGGGAGAGCCUGAGGAUUGGAUGUGAAUUCUGAACUCUGAGCCGGAGAGGGAGUGGGUGCUUUGUAAUAAGCUCCAGGGAUCCCUUAUUAGUAUUUUUAAAGAAAAGAAACUUGUGCUACACAUUUCUGUAAAAGUAAACCCACUCCCUUCUUCUGGAAGUACUUAGGAAUCCUUGCUAAAGGGGGCUCUCUUUUAGAUUAAAGGACAAAAAACGGAUAUGCUUCCAGUAAUUAAAGUAAAUUCCCAGUGCUGCUUCUCUGCUCCUCCCACCCCACCUCCUUUAUCAUGUUAAACAGUCUUUCUUGCUUUUCUUAUUCCUCCCCCUGGAGUGCGGUGAUUAGAAGCCACGCCCACCCUCCAAUGAAGUGCUGCAGUUUGGGAGCGAGGCUCGUUACCUGGGAACAAACAUUGGCUUGGAGGAAGGAAAACAAGUGUCCCUGAACUCGGGGCUAGUUUAAAGCCAGAUAGCCCCAAAACAGCAGCGCUGUCCUCUGGUAGCCUCCGGAAAGCAAACAAGAUCCAGAACUUGUAGAUCCGCUUUGCAGAAUGGGACAGUGUAAUAAUACUACUGCCGGAGGGACCCCGCUCCCCGCCCCGCUUUCUUUGCCUCCUCGUCUAUGAAAGCCUGUGUAGUGAUGGACACCCCCUCACACACAGUUUCUCUGCUAUUAGAAAAGUCUGUUUGCUUUCCUAAUCUGUUUAACCAUUCAUUCACCAAGAGUGUGAGGCCAUUACUGGGGGGAAAAGUGCCGUGCAUCAGCCAGCAAGUGCCAGUGACCAAGACAGAGUGGGAACUAAACUUAGGGAGCGAAAAUGGCCAAGCAAUUAAAACGUCACAAAGCUUUCCUAAAAAACAGCUGGAGUCUAGGCAUCCCGGUUUUCAUUUGCAGCAGCUGGGGGUGGGGUGCGGGAAUUAAGCCUGAGUCAGCUUUACCUCCCAGGUACUGAGCGGAGAAAUGCAUAGUUCCCACUGGGAAUUUAAAUGCCUAAGACUAAAUCUUUAGGUUGCUCUGAAGCCGUUCACGUUUGUAAGCUGCAGUACCCUUACUGAUUUGAAUCAAAAUGAAAACUUCAGUGGCUUCCACAAAAUCUCUACCCCUAGCUGUAGAACUCUGGGAUUGUCUUACUCUAUUUAUUCAGAAACCUCUUCCGGGAAGCUCAAUAGGCUCCCUGUCUUCUCCUGUUUUUCAAAUGAGGCCCUGCUUAUCUACCACCUUAACCUCUUGGCUUAUUUAGUGCAUCUUCCCGGAUCUGCUGCCCCAGUCAGCUGUGCCUAGUUUGGGUUGUUUCCUCUUCACAAAGAGAAUUGUGGAAGAAUCUAGAAAAGACAUACAGUGUAUCUAAAAGUUGUGGGAUGAAGUGGAUGAAAAUGAUUUAAUUCGUUUAAAAAUGGUGGGUUUUUUUUUUAAUCUUAGCAACAUGCCAAAGUGAAAAAAAGAACAAUUAAUUCCCUUUGAAAAUAAGAAAGCUGAAACAGACGCGAUGCCAAGGCCGUGGCCUGUGGAGGUUUGGAAGCCUCAGAAGUCUCUUUUGUUUCUUCUCAUCUUUGCUCUCCUUUCUUCUCCUCUACCCUAAGGAGACAAAGAGAGCCCACCUGCUUCCCUUACGGACACCAGCCUCUGACCAGCCCAAGUGGAGGGGAGAGGGAAGCCGUGUGUAUGAAUGGUCACUCCCCCCCUUUCCACCACACAUUUUUCUCUCCUUCGCAUUUCUGUUGUGGUAACAGUGAAUGAAAUGACGUGUAGAGCUGUGGGCUACCUCAGCACCUUCUGCUCUGCCAGCUUGUGCUGCUGGCGAGGACUCAGCGCUGCUCUGGCCACCUGGCUCACCUCUUAGCGUUGCACAGGUUAGAGGAUGAGGAUUUAGGUAGUCAAAGACAUGGGGCCUUAGUGACUCCAGUGGCCAAAUGUUAGGAAGGUUUGGUUUUUUUUUAUUAUUUAAUUUUAUAUUAUUUCCCUCCUCACAUAUUGAAGUUGUCUAAAUUGGAUGAAAAUCAUUUUUCUUGGUGCCUUAUUGGCUUAUUCUUGCAACCCUUUUGUCAUAUUUUCAUGUGACCACUGCCAGUGACCAGGGCCUGUGUGCAUGCCGUGUGUGUAAUUGUGCGCAUGUACAGCUUAAAUAAUGUGCCGAUGGCACUUGUUCUGAGUUGGUUAUUCAUUAGGCUGUUCCCUCCUGGGCCAGGGCACCACUAAUCUUGACACCGGCUGCCAGGAGAACAGGUCCUGGAUCAUACACCGAACCUUAAUAACAGCAUCCGUGACCUGCACUGGGAGUGUAGAAUGGGAACCCCAGAGCUAGGAAGCACAGUUGUCUAUUUUAAUGAACUGCUGCCCCUGCUAAGAAAGCCGCUUUCACUUUUGUGCUCUGCAGAAAGACCAAGGGGGGUAGUGAGGACAAAGCUUUGAAUGAGUGCUUUCCAACACCGGACGUGGCAGACAGGACCGAGCACAUCACAAACCUAGGCAGGUGUGAGGGCCGGUGGCUAAGAAUUGCCUGCUGCCUCUCUGUGCUCUUUCUUGUCUCCGAAGUCCAAUCAAGUGAUCCUGGGAAAGAAACAGCCUGGGCUGGAGAGGACAGCUUAGAAAGAAAAACUCUCAAGACAUGAAAGAAGGGUAGGCAGGUUGUAACUAACCCGAUUCAAACUCUCAGCAGCUUUUGGUAGCUUGAUGACAAUUGCAGGAUUUUUUUUUCCUCCAUCCAGGAUAAUGUCUGUCUGUGGUACAUCAUUUUAAGACAAUAUUAAUUUACGUUGUUACAAACUAUGUAUAGUAUGUAUGUUUUGUGGGUGUGUAUAUACGUAAUAUAUAUUAUAUACAUAUACAUAUAUAUAUAUGAGAGAGAGAGAGAGAGAUUUAGUGACUUUUGAUACGGGUUGGUGCAGGUGAAUUUAUUACUGAGCCAAAUGAGGCACAUACUGAGUCAGUAGUUGGAGUACAGGGCAUUCAGUGCUGUGUAUGAUUUGCAUACAUGUAUAGUGCCUAUCCCAUGCAGUAAGAAUCAUUGCUGUCACGCCAAACCCAGCAUUCACAAAUCAGAGCCAGCAAUAUCUUAUUUGUAGACAAUCAGCUUGAACCUAUAGAUUAUGACUGGCAAUGGUUAUAAUUCUGAAUCCA